AUACUAGUUGUACAUUAUGGAGGGGUAAGAUUAGAUUAAGCACCAAAUCCAAUCUUUUUUUGCUUCCCUUUUUAGAUAUUAAGAAAAUCCAUGGUUGGCAUUCAAUGCAUGGCACCAUAGCCCAUCAGCAUUAACAUUAGAAUCAUCAUCAUCCCCCCUCCUCUAUUAUCACAAUCACCAUCAUGGUCAUCUCUGAUUUCCAUCUGUGACCAAUACAAUGUAAUGUGAUCAAUGGAUGAUUGAGUUCACAGGUUUCAUCCCUGAAAAAGUUGUUUGGUUUCCCAAAGAACUUAAAUUAAAUGUUUUGAAUGAUUUGAGAUAUGGAGGAACAGGAGGAAUGAAGAGAUUAUUGUAAUUCUAGCAUUGCUUUAAUGGUAUUGUAACUCUGAUCUGGGCCUUGCAAUUUCUGUUUUUCUAACCACCAUGAAGUUAAAAAACAAUGGCUCUGCUGUUCACAAGGAGCCUGUGAAGAAGAGGAAACUACUAAAUAAUAAGGGAUACACUGCACAGGCUAGUAGAUGUAAUGGUAUUACUGAAGUUGAGCCCCCUAAAAACACUACUCAAGGAUUGCAAUCUUUGACCUUUUCUACUCAUAAGGUAAAGUGUGUAGAUCACUUUCCAAGUAUCAAUGAGAAACGAGAUUAUUGUUAUGGAAAGUCUAGGCGAGUGGGAGCAAGUUUGAAGAAUCAAGAGGAUCCAAAUGAUCAUUUUGUUCAACCAUGUACCAGAAAAAGAAAACUAGAUGUUAUUUAUGGUUCUUUCUCUGGUGGAAGGCAUCUAAGGCGAAUUAAAGAUGAGAAACAAAGAAACCUGACUGGAGGAAAAGUGGUAGAAGACAAAUCAACUUAUCCCAUGGGAAUUAAAAGUGAAAAUUUUCCAAGUCAUGAAGCAAGCAUGGAAUAUUUACUGAACACUACAGAAUGGAAUAGAUCAAAAAAUUUUGAGUUUGGGAAAAUGAACAAUAUUUCUGAACUUCAAGCUCAACAUACAGGAGAAAGGGCUAUAGAGAGUGCUGCUGAGAAUAGUUGCAGUUCUGUCUCUAGUAGUGAAAGCUUCAAUGAAAGGGACUGCAUGUCUUUGGGAAAAUACAGCCCUCCUAGGCAUUUGCCUGAUAUUAUCGAUGGGAAUUUGACAUCAUAUCCUUUAUAUAUGAAAAUAAAGGAUAAGAAGAUUACAUCAGGAGAAAAACAGACUAGUGAAGUACAUGAACUUGAAUCGCUUGCAUACCGGUCUGUAUUGAAUGCACUCCGUGUUCGUGGACCUCUUGGCUGGCAUCAAGAGCUAUUAUUGACUGAUCUUCGCCUUUCUCUGCACAUAUCAAACGAUGAACAUAGGCUGGAGCUGACAAAUAUGUGUUCUGUACAAGAUGUACAAUUGUAAAUUUUCCAGUUAGUAGAGUUAUAUUUGUGAAAAAAAUUGACAAAUGUUAUUCAAUUUCCUUCACUAAAGUAGUUGACACCAUCUUUUAGUGGGUCAGACUAUACAUGUAGUGAUCUCGUACCUGUGAAAAUGUUUUGUAAGCAAACUUCUUGCAGUUGAGUACUGCUUUGAUUUCCACUAAUGCAGAUGUAUGUUUAUUAA